AUGACUGGAAACUUAAAUCUUAACAACAAUAAAAUAGUUUACCUCAGUGACCCCACCACAGAUCAACAAGCUGCUAAUCGUGGAUGGGUUCGUAAACAAAUAGAAAGGUUUGAUCAUCAUUUUGGAGAUGGAACAAGUGGUGUAUUUACCAUAACAGAUCCAGCUGCACCAACGACUUUGUAUCUACAAUAUAUCUCAGGAUCAUCCUUUGAUGAUUUUGUUUUUCCUACAUCAGCCCCCGGUCAACCCCUUGUAGGAUGGAAACCAUCUUCUAACACCUAUAUUAAUAAAAUAGAAUUCCAAUUUGGAUCACGAAAUGUAAACGUUGACUUUUUGUGGUUUAUUCCCAGAGAUAGUUCCCAUUCCAAUUCUAACUUUUGGGUAAGUGGAAAUCGCACUGGCACUUGGUCACUGAAUAUACACAAGUCUUGGAACUACAAUAUGUCAGGAGUAAAACUACGAACCCAUAACAAUUCCAGUCACUCAGCUAUCACUUGUCGGGUAUUCACUGAUCUACCUAAAGCGAUAACCAAACCACUUAAGAGAAUAGAAAUCAACACACCUGAUAUUGUAAUAAGUGGGGUUGUAAAAGCUGAUGUCAACCUUGGUGGUAAUAAGAUUACUAAACUCGGCAAUCCGACAAGUCCUGAUGAUGCUGCUACAAAGCAGUUUACUGAAACGUUGGUCAAAGAGGCUACUAAACCAAAACCAAGUCAUUCUACUAAUGAAUUUGCUUAUCUCAUGUCAAGUGCGGCUCAAUGGACUGAUGAAAUAGAUGGAGGAAAUAGUUAUUUUAUAAGAAGAAUACGAGACUUAUCUCCUUCUAAAGGUAAUUUUCAUGACUAUAACCACAAAGUAAUUUUCAUAGGAAUAAACAAAAAUUCACAAGGUGGAUACAAGUACAAAAUGGGAAUCAACUUUUACAGGUUAACUGCAAAUACUGAUUACACCCUGUGUAUGGAAAUACUCAACACUGAUUAUCAGCUGUGGUAUAAGUCUCAAAUAAGUGUAGACAGAGGAAAUUCAAGAGGAAUAACAAUUGGAAAUGUUAGUGUAAGUAAACUAUCCCAUAGGUAUCUUGAUUCAAAAAAUCAACCAAAAUUUAUGUAUUACCAUAGAAUAAUAAUUAAUUUUCGGAAGUCGCGGAUUGGUUUGUGGGUUGGUGGAAGAUAUUUUCUUCACAUUUUGGUUAAUAUUCCACAGGAUGGAACUGAUCUGGCUGUGUAUCCGAGACAGUUUUUAGGAGUUUAUAUAAUUACUUAUGGUAUUGUGGGUACAUUUAGCAAUAUCGACCCAGAUAAAGUUUACGACUAUCACACCGCAUUUGAUGUCAAACCAACAGAAGUAAUGUACAACGUUGAUAUUAAUGCAAAUCAAAAAGAAAUUAAAAAUAUCAAACCUGACCGAAACAGUGAUAAUAGUGCUGCAACAGUUGCAAUGGUAAAGGAGUUAAUUCCUUUUACCAAAAAUGCUUUGUACAGAAAAUACUUUAGUGAGUUCUAUGACUUUGCUGAUGUGAAUAGUUAUGGAAUAAAUAUAGGUUCAUCUGGAGUUAUUAUUAAUUCUUUAAAGCCUAAUAUUACACUACCACCUAAUAAAGACCUAAGUGAUAUAGGAUAUAGAGGAUUAAAUGUUAAGGGUUAUGAUGUUACUUUUUCUCCUUCACAUUCUUCGAAAUCUACUUUAUGUAUUGUUUUUAGUGAUUGGAGAAAUAGGAGUUUUAGCCUAACUAAAUAUUUAUCAACAAACAAUAAUAUUUUAGUAAAAUUAAAUUAUGAUAAAUCAAACAAUAAAGUAACUUUAACUGUUAAUAAAACAACUCAAAAUUUUACCAUGCCAAGUAUUUUUAAUGCAAAAAUAAUUGUUGUAUGGUUAACAGAACAUUUUGAUACAAAUGUUACAAAAGCUUCAAUAAGUAACUACAGCUCAACAUUAACUAUACCAGCAGUACAAUACAAUGUUAAUCAACGUUGGAAGUUUACAACUGAAGAUGGAGUGAUAAUUAGAUUAAUGUACUCUCCAAACUUUUAUGACACCGACUCUGAGCAAUUUCACAAAGUAAUGAUUCAGGAAAAGUUAAAUGGAUAUUAUGUAGUAUAA